CCGGUACACCUGUGCAAGACUGAAGGGGAGGAGCCAGUACACCUGUGCAAGACAGAAGGGGAGGAGCCGGUACACCUGUGCAAGACUGAAGGGGAGGAGCCGGUACACCUGUGCAAGACUGAAGAGGAGGAGUCAGUACACCUGUGGAAGACUGAAGGGGAGGAUCCGGUACACCUGUGCAAGACUGGAGGGGAGGAGCCGGUACACCUGUGCAAGACUGAAGAGGGGAGGAUCCGGUACACCUGUGCAAGACUGGGGGGA